AUAAAUAUAACCUCACCGACAGAAAAUGAAGUAAUUUGAUUAGGAAUACGAAGUCGAGUAUAGUUUCCAUAAUUGAAAAUCCCUUUCUUCCUUAUAAAUAAAUAAUGUUAUAAAACUUCCAGAAUCUUUAAUAAGGUACUUGAGUUCAGGUAGCUAUACCAAAGAAAGAAAAAGAAACAAGUAUCGGUUGGUGGAUUUUCUUCACCAAAAGGAGUAGAUCUGUUUUCAUUUUUCGUUUCUUCUUUCUCAAAUCAUCAAAAAUGGCAAAAACUUUCACAGUGUGGUCUCUUUUGUUCAUUCUUUCCUUUCUUCAUGCUGCUUCAAUGGGUGCUACUGCUGAUACUCAAAUCAAAGUUGCUAAUAACCCUGCGGACAAGUUGGUAGCUGCGCUGAACGAAAACAGAACUGCUCACAAGGAUUCAUCUUUAACUGACAACCCGGGGCUCGCAUGUCUUGCUCUACAAUACAUUAAGGCAUACCAGGGUGAUUGUGGUGCUGUGGGUGGACCUGAUGCCAAGAAACCUACUGAAUCUCAAUUUGCUGAAGUUUUUGCCCCAACAUGUGGUGUUCAGGCAUCAACUCUUGCUCCUAUAACCGGUCGUUUCCUGGGGUGCCAGACUAAGUAUGUCCAUGCACCUGAGGCGUUUUCCGAAAUCCUGAUAAGAAACCAGAAAAGCUUAGACAUACUCUACAGUAAGAAUCACACUCAGGUUGGUGCUGCUGUGACAGGUACUGAUGGAGGGUCUCCUUAUUUCUGGUGUGUGUUGUUUAGCAAUGGCAAACCUAAUAGUACCUUUGCUUUUGAGGGUGGUGUGGCUAAAACAACAAAACCUGGUUGCUAUAGUGGAGCUAAUGAUGAUUGCAGUGGUGCUCAUGAUUGGUCACCAGUUAGUGUGAUGUGGCUAUUUGCUGUUUCAGUUUCAAUUGCAAUGGGAUUUGCUUUUCCAUUGUGAUCAUGAAUUGUAUGGAUUUCCACUUUUUUAGGGGCCUUCUUUGUCAUUACAGAGGCUUGGUCUCAGCUAUUCUUUUUUUCCCUCUUCUUUCCAUUAUUUUGAUUUUGUGAUUUGUUGAGAGAUUCAUGCCAAAUUGUCUUCAUAUCUUUAAUGUUUUUACCUAUGAAAUAUGUGGUAUUGGCUCUUGUAAAUCUCUUUUCUAGGAAUACAAAUUUUGCUUUGAUUGUUUAA